AUUUUGAACUAGUUAUAUUUUAACUAGUUGUAAACAUUCAUAUUUGAAAUUCAACUGUGUUUUUCUAGGUUGGAUGGACAAUGGCCAGAAGGAUUGCUGUCAGUCAACAAUACUCUGCAGUUCAGUAGCCCACUGACUUAUAACUACACUGGGACUUAUAUCUGUAAGGUCACUAAUUCACUUGGUCAGAGGAGUGAUCAGAAGACUAUCUACAUAUUAGAUCCUCCUACUACUACCACUCGACUGCCCACGGUUCCCUGGCAUCCUUCGACUGAUGGCAUCACAGGUUUAGCAACAGAACAUAGAAUAAUAGAUUUCCCAACAUCAAGCUUGCCAGCAAUGCAGGAAGACACUUGGGGUACCAUCAUCGGUAGUUUGGUGGGUGGGGCUCUUUUAUUUGCACUUCUUGGUAUUCUGGUUGGAAUUCUCUGCUAUAGGAGAAGACAGACCUUCCGUGGUGACUACUUUGCUAAGAACUACAUUCCACCGUCAGAUAUGCAAAAAGAGUCUCAAAUAGAUGUUCUUCAGUCAGAUGAUGUGGAUUCUUACCCUGACAGUAUAAAAAAAGAAAUUAAGCAUCCAAUGAACAGCUUAAUAUCUAAAGAUUAUUUAGAAGACCCUGAAAAACCUGAGUGGAACAAUAUAGACAAUAUUAACAGGUACCAGGAACGUUAUGAAAGACCGAUGGAUUACUAUGAAGGUGGAACACUGGGAAUGAAUUACAUGGGUGGUGAUUGUUACGAUGAUGAUGAAGAAGACUUUGUUUCUCACGUAGAUGGCUCGGUAAUAUCUCGGAGGGAGUGGUAUGUGUAGUGACCACUGAAAACUAAACGUGUACCUACAGUCCGUUUCAUAGGCUGAUCACUUUCAGAUUGUUUAUACUUACACAAUCGGAGGAAUAAACUCUUUGAAACUGAUUUUUUUUUUUGAAGGUUUUUAUAUUGUGACUUGACACAAUGGAAAUACUGAAUCUGGGGAAAAUGUAUUUGAGCUGCUUUUUUUCCCAAUGCUGUACUACUGUUUAAGAGUUGAGUUCUAAUGCAGAGUGCUUAUAUUGGUCUAUGUCAGAGGUAAAAAAAAGGCUAAAUUAAAGUUGCCAGUCAAUAUUGUUUAAGAAUAAAAA